AUUGAGUGUAGAGUAUAAAGUAUUACCUUUACACUCAACUUCAGUUCAUUCUCCACUGUUCAACUCCGACCCCACCCAUCACCAUCUUUCUUCCUUACAUCAGAAUCGCCAUCUUCUCUCCUUAAUUUAUCAAAUCAACCUUUAAGGUGGUUGGAAAGAAAGACAUGGGUGGCAAGGCACCAAGUUGGUCAGACCAAUGGGGAACAGGUGGGUUUGGUAGUGAUGAGUAUGAGGAUAGUGACAUGAUGAAGAAGAAUGAUAAGGGCAGUGCAAGUGGCAAGAAGAUGGCAGAUGCAAAAGCUAUGGCAUCAGUUGGAAUGGACAAAGCCAAAACAGCUGCUGUGGUAAGUGCUCAGAAAGUGAAGAGUGGCACUUCUGCUGGUUUCAAAUGGGUCAAGAAUCAGGUUCAGAAAAGGACUUCCAAGUGAAAACUCACCCAUUUGCUUCAUUUCAUGUUUUUGUUAAAUACAACAUUGGUGCUCCAACAUAGUGAUUGAUUAUUAUGAUUUGGUUUUUAAUUUGGAGUACAGAAGUUCAUAAUAGUUUCUUGUUAUUUCUAUUUUUCAUUUGUUUAUAGGAAAAAUGUGGAAUAUUAUAACCUUGUUUUCUUCUAUCUUUCUGGGAUUGGUCAGUCAAUAGAUAAAUUUUACAGUUUUA